AUGAGUGUGAAGAGAACAACCCUGGCCUGUAACUCUUCCUCCUAUAAUUAACAUCAACAAGAAUAGCUCUUUGACUCCUCUUGAACACUUACCCAACACAUUAUUCUGUUUUGCAUCUCCAUUUUCUUGCAUUCAGGUAGACUUCUAUCUUUCUCUAUUCAUUUCUUGGUUUUUUGACAAUUUUGAUGGGAUGUUUUCAAGGUGAUUUUUCCAUUAUAUUUGAAUAUGAUCUUUAAACGUGGAUUUGCAGGCAUAUAUAUUGCUUUCCUUUUUAACAUAAUGUUCAGAGAAGUGCAAAUGGGGUAUGUCGAAGUUCUUGUGAGAUUGAGAGCAUAUUUAAUUGACAAAUUCCAUUUUAUGUAAAGUUUAUUUCUCUAAUUUUGGGUCUUUUUUUUUUGUGACUUUUAACCAAUGGGCCAUGGGGUAAUAUAAGUCUAUACUUUGUUUCUUCCCUCGUUUUUUACUUUUAUCCUUUUCUGAAUAAAGAAAAUCUGCUUUGGAACAUUCUCUACCUUCUCUUGUGACAACAUCUUUUUUGACCAGUCCAAAUUUGUAAAUUUAUUUUCUUGGUCAAUUUUUACAAAAGUUGGUUUCAUUUGGUAUUCGAUCUUUCUGCAUAAUAUGCCAUGCAAGUUUCCAAAUCUGAAUCAUUCAACUAUUAAAAAUGUAGGUUCUUUUGGCAGGAUUUAAGGUCUUAUAAGAAUAAGAUUUAUCCUGAACGUCGUAUGGGGAUAUCGUUUUCGUGCCCACUUGCGUCUCCUACCGACUUGGAAAACAGUCUUGAAUCUGUCAUUGUGAAAUCUAUCAACUUUUGUGAUAAAGAUCUGAAGACGCCAUUACGAUCUAUUAGCUUCAAAAGCCUAGAUUCUGAACCUAUUGUAAUGCAAUCAGAUGGUUCAGGAAAUAUGCUGAUAGAAAAAUCUGUCAGCUUAAAGACAAAGGAAAUGAAUCAAGAAAGUCCAAAAUCGCCUUUGGUAGAUAGUAGUAGCAGCCCAAAACAUGAGGCAGCUGUAAGGUUACAGAAGGUAUACAAGAGCUUUCGAACAAGACGAAAACUAGCAGAUUGUGCAGUACUCAUUGAGCAAAGUUGGUGGAAAUUAUUAGAUUUUGCACAAAUCAAACACAGUUCUAUUUCAUUUUUCGAUAUUGAGAAGCAUGAGACAGCAAUUUCGCGCUGGUCAAGAGCAAGAACUAGAGCUGCCAAGGUAGGCAAAGGCUUGUCUAAGAAUAGCAAAGCCCAGAAACUUGCUUUACAGCAUUGGCUCGAAGCUGUAAAUCGACACCAUUAUGGACACAACUUGCAUUUCUAUUAUGUUCAAUGGCUGCAUUCUCCAAGUAAUGAGCCCUUCUUCUACUUGUUGGAUAUUGGAGAAGGCAAGGAAGUUAAUGUUGUUGACAAAUGCCCGCGAUGGAAACUUCAGCAGCAAUGCAUUAAGUACCUUGGUCCGAUGGAAAGAAAGGCUUAUGAAGUUGUAGUGGACGAGGGGAAGCUCGUUUACAAAGAAAAUGGGAAGCUCCUUGACACAACUGGUGAACCAAAUGGUGCUAAAUGGAUAUUUGUCCUCAGCACCUCCAAAACCUUGUAUGUUGGAAAGAAAAAGAAAGGAUCAUUUCAACAUUCCGGUUUCUUGGCUGGGGGCGCUACUUUAGCUGCUGGCAGGAUAGUUGUGGAACAAGGAGGUCUGAAGGCUGUCUGGCCUCACAGUGGACAUUAUCGACCAACUCCAGAAAAUUUUCAAGACUUCAUUUCAUUUCUCAGGGAGAACAACAUGGACCUAAACGAUGUUAAGCUGGAUUCUACUGAUGAUGAAGAAGAUUCUGUUGGCAAGAAGAGUGACGUAUACCGUAGGAGUAAUGCUUCUGAUGAUGACAUAGCUCAAAAUGAUGAUCUGGAGACAGGAGAGAAUGAUUUAGUAGAGUCAACUUCAGAUAAAAAUCUGUUGAAAGAACAAGCAACUCUUGCUGCCACACCACUUACCAAAUUGUCUAAUCUUCAGAUUCCUAGCAAUGACGAUUUACUAGAGAGAUUGACGAAUAAAAGUGCUGCUGUUAACUCCAUUUCUAACGCAUUCCCACUAGAAUCGCCAACAGAUGGAUACGAAUCAGCAGAAAACUUAAUUGCUUCUGAACAAGAAAGUAAAGAAGAUACAAUUCCAAAAGAAUCUAUACUCAAGAGGAUAAAUUCACACAAGGGAAUGAAGUCAUUUCAAUUGGGAAAGCAACUGUCUUGUAAAUGGAGUACUGGAGCUGGACCUCGAAUCGGAUGCUUGAGAGAUUACCCCUCACAACUGCAAUCCCAUACAUUAGAAGAAGCUAACUUGUCCCCAAGAAUUGUUUGUCGUCUCAAAUUUUAUUCAAGAGCAUCAAGCAGCUUGACGAGCUUUAGAAGGGAAAUGCAAGUGCCUGGUUCUAUCUAGUCACCUGUCUAG